AUGACAACCAUUAAAGACAUGAUAGCUGACCACGCUAUGGGUAAAUUUGUAUCUAUGGAUGCAGAUGAACUCAUAGAAACAAUGGUCAAAUUAGUAAACUCUGUAGAAGAAUACACCAAGGAAGAUGAAUUAAAAGGAUUAAAGAAGCCAUAUUGGAGCUUGGUGUAUAGAAUAGCCAGAAAGAAAGGAUUAAUGUGGGAUAAACCACAGAUUAAAAAAGUAAAAACACCAGAAGUAGCUAAAAAAGAAUACAAGAAUAGAUUUAUAAUAAAAGAUAAAAAGAAAGAAGAAGAAAGUAAACCAAAGAAAGAAGAUAAUUAA